AUAAAUGAUAAGAGCUGUUGAAUCUCCUCAGAAGAACUUUGGGAGUCGGAUAGCUCAGCAUGUACAGAAUCAUUCUGGUUACGUGUCUGGUAGGCCUUAGCUUGUCAAGGCCCAGCCAGGACAAGCCGCCGAAGCAUGAGACAGCCUUGACCAUCGAUGAAUCGAUCAUGAAAUCACUCAAUGCAAAGGGCAUCCGGCCAUCAGGUAUCAUGGUGGACCAGCAGACAGGCCACAUGAUCACAGAACUCGACAUGGUCACCACGCCAGAGCAGUAUGAGAUGCUUCAUGGAAUUGAAGACAACGCCAGCGGUAAAAGCAAGCGUAAAGCUUACGGUGGCGCCAUCUAUAGGUGGACAGAUAAGACAAUCCCAUAUGAAUUCAACCAUGCCGAAUACGAGGAUUACCAGGAGACAGAAAUCAAGGAGGCCAUGGAUGUCUACAUGAAAGAGACCUGCCUGGUGUUUCGGCCGGCAACAUCCAAGGAUGUCAACAAGAUCUACUUCCAGAAUGGAGGGGGCGGAUGCAACUCCCAGUUAGGUAUGGUCAAUGGAUCACAGGCGGUAAACCUGGACAAUAAUGGAUGCAGAUUCAUGGGUCUAUAUUUCCACGAGAUCGGCCAUGCCAUCGGCCUGGUCCACGAGCACCAACUCCCUGACCGCGGUGAUUAUGUGACCGUUCUCUGGUCGAACGUAGAUCCCCCGAUGAAGAGUGCCUUCUUCAAAUAUUCUGAGUCACUGCUAGACAGGUUCGAGAUCCCCUAUGAUAUCACGUCGAUUAUGCACUAUGGGAUCAAUGCGUUUGGAAAGCUUGGUGCUCAGACCAUCAAGCCACACGACUACGCCCUAGAAACCCGCGUCGGACGUGUCUUCUGGAAAAUGAUGUCUUUCUCCGAUGUCAAAAUUGUCAACAAGAUGUACAACUGCGAUGAAAAGUGUGGUAAUGUCCAGUGCCCGAAGGAGGGUUUCGUCAACAAGGAAUGCAAAUGCGUCACACCAAAAUCAUACUACGAAAGCCACUGCUACAACGUACAGCCAGAGGACAAGUGUCUUGAGUGGGCUGUCCAAGGAGAGUGCCAAGCAAAUGCUGCAUGGAUGGGCUACAACUGCAGAAAGGCAUGUGAUGAAUGCCCCAAAUAUGGUGUCGCCAAGAAGCCAAACUCAGAUAAAUGCCACGACCUGUACUAUGAUGAUGCUCAGUGCAAGGCAUGGGCUGGCAAGGGCUAUUGCGACAAGUACGAGUCCUUCAUGAAAAGACAGUGUACGAAGACUUGUGGAGCAUGUGGAAAGUUUGGCAAAUGCAGUAACACUAACUGGCGCGAUGCAGACUGUGAUUUCUGGGCCAAGGGAGGAGAAUGCCAAAAUAACCCAGUCUGGAUGAAGCUGCAGUGUGCCGAUUCCUGCGACUCUUGCGGCUACAGGGAGCCAGGUGCAUGCGAAAACAUUGACGACGACGCUAAAUGCGAGAAGGCAGCCUUCAAUAACGAGUGUGAUGACAUCAGGAACAUCGAAAGGGCCGUUUACAUGCAAAAGAACUGUGCCAAGGCGUGUUCUUCUUGCAAUUUCAACAAAGGAAAUUGUAAGAAUUCGGGUGGAAGUGACGAUGAAUGUGAAAAGCUUGCCGCUCAAGGCGAUUGCGAUGCUAAUCCUAGCGUGGUCAAGAGGAAGUGUCAGAAAGCUUGCAACUCCUGCGACUUCGGCAUUAAAGGCAACUGCAAGAAUCCUUUGGGCGAUGACGCCAAGUGUGAAAACUGGCACGAUAUCGGUGAAUGUGAGGGUAACCCGGGCUGGAUGAAGUACAACUGUGCCAGAGACUGCAAUAGCUGCGAGUGGUUAGACCCAAAUGCUUGCUACAACAAAUAUGGUGUGGACAAGGACUGCGACAAAUGGGAAAAGGAAGGAGAGUGUCAGAAUAACCCGUCAUGGAUGAAGGAUAACUGUGCCAAGGCAUGCGGAAUCUGUGGGGAUGGUGAAAAUCAGCUGACUACCAAGACGCCAGUGGUCCCAACUAAACCAUCAACUGGUGGGGGUGGAGGUGCUUGUACCAAUGACCAUGAGAACUGUGAGGUCUGGGCUCAGGGUACUGGAUGCAAGGAUGGUGCAGGCUACAUGGAUAUCCAUUGCAGAAAGGCCUGUGGUCUUUGUUCUGAUGGUGGAGAGGAACCCAUAAACGCAAAAUGCGUCAACAAGCAUAGCAACUGUCAGAUGUGGGCAGAAACUGGCCAAUGCGAGAGUGGUGCCGAUUACAUGCUCAAUAACUGCUUCAAGGCAUGCAGGCCUGAUGAGUGCGGUGAAGGAAAUACUGGCACUGGCAUUGGCACUGGUGGUGGCAACUGCGUUGACGAGGAAAAGGACUGUGCUGAAUGGCACUCAUGGGGCCACUGCGAAACCAACUCCAGCGUCAAGAAAGCCUGCCCCAAAUCCUGUGGGGUGUGCUAAGCAACGCUCAAACUGACUCCCUUUCGAUGUAACUGUUUUGAAUAAACACACGUAACGUUAA